AUGGGGGUAGAUACAGAUCAAAUCGGCAUUUGGUGCACAAAUUCAGAUGGACUGGCUGCAUACACAGGUGCUGCUUAUGAAACUCAACGCUGGGCAUGCAUGCUAGUGGUGUUGACGGUAUUGGUUAAUACUGUGUUAGGUUUGCAUUUGGGAUAUGAGAUAAGCGAAGAUUGUUGUGAUGUGGUAAUGAUGAAGCUUUAUUCAUGA